GUCACGUGGCCAGGAAACAGCGGAAGAAGAGGACUCCGCAGCAGAAAAGAAAGGAUAACUUGCAGCCGUCAGGAUGCAGAGCACCACCAACUACCUGUGGCUCAUUUCAGACCUGCUGGGUCAGGGAGCGACGGCCAACGUUUACCGCGGCAGACACAAGAAAACUGGUGACCUGUACGCCGUCAAAGUCUUCAACAACUUGAGCUUUUUGAGGCCGCUGGACGUCCAGAUGAGAGAGUUUGAAGUUCUGAAAAAACUCAACCACAAGAACAUCGUCAAACUCUUCGCUGUGGAGGAAGAGUCCAACACCCGACACAAGGUCCUGGUGAUGGAGUACUGUCCCUGUGGAAGUCUCUACACAGUCUUAGAGGAGUCGUCCAACGCGUACGGACUUCCUGAAGACGAGUUCCUCAUAGUGCUGCACGAUGUGGUGGCAGGUAUGAACCACCUGAGAGAGUACGGCAUCGUCCACCGGGACAUCAAACCGGGAAACAUCAUGCGAGUGAUCGGAGAGGACGGACGCUCCGUCUACAAACUGACAGACUUCGGAGCCGCCAGAGAGCUGGAGGACGACGAGCAGUUUGUGUCUCUGUACGGCACCGAGGAAUACCUGCACCCCGACAUGUACGAGCGAGCCGUGCUGAGAAAAGACCACCAGAAGAAGUACGGAGCCACGGUGGAUCUGUGGAGCAUCGGAGUGACGUUUUAUCACGCCGCCACGGGCAGCCUCCCGUUCAGACCGUUCGAAGGGCCGCGCAGGAACAAAGAAGUGAUGUAUAAAAUCAUCACGGAGAAACCGUCCGGGACGAUCUCCGGACAUCAGAAGUGUGAGAACGGGAAGAUCGAGUGGAGCACGGAGAUGCCGGUGUCCUGCAGUCUGUCCAAGGGUCUUCAGAGCCUCCUGACUCCGGUGCUCGCCAACAUCCUGGAGGCGGAUCAGGAGAAGUGUUGGGGCUUCGACCAGUUCUUCGCCGAGACCAACGACAUCCUGCACCGGACCGUCGUCUACGUGUUCAGUCUGCAGCAGGCCACGCUGCACCACGUCUACAUCCACGAAUACAACACGGCGGCGCUGUUCCAGGAGCUCCUGUCCCGCAGAGCCAGCAUCCCGCUGCACAACCAGGAGCUGCUGUACGAAGGCCGCCGCCUCGUCCUCGACCCCAACCGGCAGGCCAAGACCUUCCCCAAAACCUCCAGAGACAAUCCCAUCAUGCUCGUCAGCCGAGAGUCCGUCGCCACCGUGGGACUCAUCUUCGAAGACCCCAGUCCUCCGAAAGUUCAGCCUCGCUACGACCUCGACCUGGACGCCAGCUACGCAAAGACGUUUGCAGGCGACGUUGGACAUUUAUGGAAAACGUCGGAGUCUCUGCUGGUUUAUCAGGAGCUGGUGCGGAAAGGAGUUCGAGGGUUAAUCGAGCUGAUGAAGGAGGAUUACAGCGAGAUUCAGCACAAGAAGUCGGAGGUUUUCCGUCUGUGUAACUACUGCACUCAGAUCCUGGAGAAGACAGAGCAGCUGUUCGAGGUGUUGAUACAGGCCAACAUGAUGUCAUCAGAGUACGACGAGAUCUCCGACAUGCACAAGAAAAUUCUCCGAAUUUCGAGCUCUCUGGAGCCGAUCGAAAGAACAACGCAAGACAUCAAGAGUAAAUUCAUCCCAGGAGGCCUGCUGACCGACGGCUGGCCACAACAAGUGGGGACACACCCCGAGGACAGGAACGUGGAGAAAAUCAAAGUGCUGCUGGACGCCAUCACAGCCAUCUACCAACAGUUCAAGAAGGACAAAGCCGAGAGACGUCUGCCGUACAAUGAAGAACAGAUCCAUAAAUUUGACAAGUAA